CUAGAAGUUAUGAGAGUGAGUCAGCUUGAUUCCGACAUUUUAGAUAAAGAGUUGAUUGACAUCUUAAGCGAGCAAUUAUGGAGUGCACUUUCUUAUUUCAAGACAACAUUUAAAGAAAAAUAUGAACCAGAACUACUUGCAGUCAUUCAGUUGGUGCUGUUUAAAUAUUCACUCUAUGAUAGUUCAGCAACUUACGGCGCACAACUUCAGAAUUUAAAGUAUAGAAAUGAAAGAAUGCAUAAAGGACCAUUAGAAUCUAUUGCCAAAGAUGCACCAUUGACCAAGUCACAAAAGAUUGGAUAUGGACUAUUGACGAUCGGAGGGCAAUAUGUGUGGACGAGACUGAGCAGAUUGACGACAGAGAAAGGAUGGGGAGAAUUGGAAGAGGAUGAUAUUAGGCAUAGAGCAUACAAAAUACUUCAAGUAGUGGAGAAGUAUUGGAAAUUGCUGUCCUUUAUGAACUUUCUAGUCUUUUUAAGAAAUGGCAAAUAUCGAACCUUGAUCGACCGUCUGCUGUGUAUGAGGCUAGUGUAUGCAAAAAAGUCUGUCAAUAGGGAAGUAAGCUUUGAAUUCUUGAAUCGACAGAUGGUCUGGCAUGCAUUUACUGAAUUCUUACUGUUCUUGGUGCCAUUGGUCAACAUUGAGAAAUUGAAAUUGAAAGUGAUGCAUAUGUUACUACCAAAGUCAUUUAUCUUAUCCAAGGGAUACGAUCAAUUACCUUUGGAUCAGUGUGCUAUAUGUCAUGAAAAUGACAAUGGAAAGGAUUUUGCUAUUCAUAACCCCUAUGAAACAAAUUGUGGUCAUACAUAUUGUUAUUAUUGUAUACAGUCCAAACUAUCAACAGUAGGUGAUGAAUGGCUCUGCUUAAGGUGUGGUCAAAAGGUGGUUGAUAUCAAAAAAUUUAUUGAAAUUGUU